AUGAACGAGCAUCGCCCGACCAUGACGCUGACACGAGGCCACUCCUGCAUUCUAUGUCAACAACGGAAAGUUCGCUGUGAUCAGCAAAAACCCUGCACCAAUUGUAUUCGCGCCCAGGCGGAGUGCAAAGUCGCGCCUCCCAAACCAGUCAAAAGGAGGAAAAAGAAGUUGAGAAGACGGGAACUAAUAGAAAGGGUCCGACAAUAUGAGGCACUUCUAACUAAGCACGGAGUCGAAUUCGAGUCCGUCACAGGGAAUGAGGAUGAGCCUGCCUCUUCAGAUACAGAGCCCGACGUUGCCGGCGUAACGGUGUCCGAGGGAGAAGGGCCACGCGAGUGUGUCUGCCAGAGACGCGACAAGAGCAACCACCACGUCCUGGAUUUGAUUUUUAACCAGAGCGAUGGGUUUCCUUUCAUGCUAGGCUCCUCGGCGUCGACCAUCACACAUCUACAUCCACCGGGUGUUCGGAUUUUCCAGCUUUGGCAGGUCUAUAUCAAUAACGUCAACCCCCUUUUGAAACUCACUCAUAUCCCGACUCUACAAUCUUCGAUUGUUGAAGCAAGUGUCGAUCCUGCACGCGCCAGCAGACCGUUGGAGGCUCUCAUGUUCUGUAUUUACCUCAUAACUGUGAAAUCCAUGGCAGAUGAAGAGCUCACGACCACUUUGGGAGAAUCAAAGGCACUAUUAGUGGCUCGCUUCAACGAAGCCUGUCAACAAGCCCUAUCAAACGCCGGGCUGAUGAAGUCAAAUGACCUCAUGGUGUUGCAGGCUUUCAUGCUUUACCUUCUCAGCGCGGGUCGAGAAGUAGAUACACGAACCUUGUCCUGUUGGAUGGGCAUCGCUGUACGCAUGGCUAUUCAUCUUAGUCUUCAUCGAGACGGGUACCUUCUUGGUCUGUCGCCAUUUGAAACCGAGCAACGGAGACGACUCUGGUGGCAGCUAGUCGCUUUAGACGAGAGAAUAGCGGAGAUCACCGGCUCGACUGUUACAAUUCUAUCCUCCCCCGGCGCGGAUUGCCGCCUUCCUUCAAAUUUGAAUGACGCGGACUUGCAUCCAGACGUCAAAGAACCCCCGGUUCCACAUACCGGGGCAACGGAGAUGCUGUUCUACCUAGCACGCAUGGAGGUCAUGAUAGCGACUGCCUCCACUCAUUCCAAGAUUGAACCUCCGAUUGUUGAACAUGGUCAGUCCCCGAGGGCUACCUCCGAUAUGGGCUGCUUUGGUGGUUCUUCUUCGAGAUACCCACCAUUCGCAGAUCUAGAGAGCUUCAAACGUUACAUGAAAUCGACCUAUCUCAAUCAUUGCAACGACGAAAUACCCCUGCAUAAGAUGGCUUCGAUGACAAUACAUAUCGGCCUCUGCAAAGUACAACUCAUCGACGGCCUUCGUGUCGGUAAGAGAUCCCCCUCCCUCGGAGGGACAGAUUGCAUCGAUCUGUUGCUAUGUGCCACGCGAAUGCUCGAAUAUGACACAGAAAUCCACGCCCAUGAAUCUCUAGUUGGUUUUCAUUGGUAUACAGCAUUGUUUGUUCCGAUAGAGGGGUAUAUGAUACUGGUGGGAAAUCUGCGGCGCGGCGCGUUCACCGAUGGCGAUGAUCGGGCCUGGAGGGCAAUCUGCGAGAAUUAUGGACAUCGCAAGUUCAUCCGCCAUAUCCAGAACCCGAUACAUGCUUCCUUUCGAGACGCUGUACUCGAUGCAUGGAGUACGCGAAAAGAGAAUAUAGCGUCGAGGGGCGCAACUCCUGAGGCGCCACCGGACCUUAUUCAAGUCUUACAACAACAACUUGGGCCAAAUACGGUGGAACUUCCACAGAACCCGACAUCAGGGUCACAGAAAACAUACCAGGAAUCCGACCUUGUGUUUGGCGAUGACCUCAAUCGUCCUCCACUGGGCAAUAUAGGCAACAUUUUUGGGGAUGAGUGGUUGAAUUAUGAUAGUAUAUUCUAG